AUGACAACCCUCACAAUAUCCCCCCCAACACCCCCCGAGGCCCCCCAAAUCGCCUCCAUCCACAUCUCCUCAAUGUCCUCAAACCCCCUUCUCCCCUUGCAAUUCCCCACGCCCGCCUCCCUCGCCGACCUCCACAAUCACCUCGCGAACGACGCCCUGCAUCACCUCCGCGACCACGGCGAUGCGCCGCGGAUCCUCGUGGCUCGCGUAGGCUCCGACGUGGACUCCGAUGUGGACUCCGACUCCGACGUGGGUGCGGCGGACGCCGAUGACGAUGAUGAUGCUACCGGCACCGGGAACGGUGGACACCCCCACCGCACCCGCAUCUGCCAGCGGUUCACGACGCUUAGAGCCGGGCAAUAUGCUGCCAGCGACGGCGGCGGCGGCGGCAGCAGCGCAGGGUGUGGUGGAUGA